UUUUCCUUCCUCACCACCCCCGAUGAACACCUUCCCUUCCCUUCCUUCUCCGCCCCUCCUCCCAACACGCCCAUCCUCAAGUCAGUGUGUAAGCCGUGCCUUCGGGCCCCGUGGACGAUGAACGAUGUUCCCACACUUGACUACGAGUUCCUGCUGUCCCCGGCCAGCUCCUCCCUCCCUGGCAGUGCUGGGGGGGGUAGCAGCAGCCCCCCCCUCUCCCUGGGUGGCGUGGACAAUGAGCAGCGCACCGCCCUGGCCUUCGUCGGCCUCCUCGUCCUCUUCCUGGUCUUCCUGCUGGUCCGGUGCUUCAGGAUCCUGCUGGACCCCUACAGCCGCAUGCCUUCAUCGUCCUGGACCGACCACAAGGAGGGGAUGGACAGGGGCCAGUUUGGUUAUGCACUGGUUUAAUGAGGAAUACAUUUCACUGAAUCUUAGAGAGCGAUUUAGAUCUGGGAAUGGAUAAUGCAUAAUGUUGUGAAUGCACUCUAAGGAGGGGUUUACUGUGUCCUGGUGUACAGUUUUAAAAUGAUGAAUGAUGAAUCUGCAGCAUAGGGUGACCAGACAUCCGGGAAGAUUCGGGACAGUCCCAAAUGAUGAAGAGUUCUCAUGUAUCCUGUCCUAUUCACCCCAAAACUUAGAUUAAAUCGAGGUGUGUUUUGCUAUAGCCGAAUACAACAUUGAAUACUUUGAAACAACUGAUGUAAGAAGUACUAAUACGACAGUAAAGAAAUACUCUGUUAAGUAAAACUCCUGAAUUCCUUUUUUUGAAUUAGCAUCAAUUUAUACUUAAAGUACCAAAACCAGAAGGGUUCAUUAUUCAACAUGUAGUGAAAAGUACAUUAUACGCUUCCAAAUU